AAGAUAAGAGAGAUGUUCAUUAAUUGUAAUGUUUGUAUGAUAAUGAAUUAACGACGCGGUAACAAAUAUUUGUCGAUUAGUUUUUGACUUUGAAAUUUCGGGGUUAAGUUCUUCGACGAAGUACAUGCACAAACUAUUUUUAAAUAAAAGUUUAACACCAUAUCUACUUAUAUGAAAAAUGUCAUUUUAUUAUGAAGGAACUGAAGAACAAAUACCAAAAGUGAAAUGUUGGUAUCCAAGAACAAUAGUUUAUGAUCCAUUAAAAGCUGGUAGUAUAGAUGGUACUGAUAUUGAACCACAUGAUAAAGGAAUUACUAGAGCCAUAAAUUCCAAUUAUAAAAUAUCUGACAAAGCAAAAGGAAUUCCUGAAAAUACCAUAUUUGUUGGCAGACUAAGUAUAGAUACAACGGAAGAAGAUUUAGAAAAUGAAUUUUGUCAUUAUGGUAAAAUGAAAGCUUUAAGAUUGGUUAAAGAUCUUAUAACUGGCAUUAGUAAACAAUAUGCUUUUAUUGAGUACAAAACAUUUAAAAUGGCACUUAAUGCUUAUAACAGGUGUAGAUCAGUUAUAAUAAAGAAUUCUCAGAUAUUUGUAGACUUUGAAUGUGGACGAUUACUGCCUGGAUGGAAACCUCGAAGAUUAGGUGGAGGUUUUGGAGGUAAAAGACAAUCAGGUCAACUUAGAUUUGGCGGUAGAAUUAAAGGUUUUAUACCACCAGUAUAUCUGAUGGGACAUCGAAAAAUGAAUUACGAGGAUAUCGAUGCAAUAAGAAAAUCAAUCAAAACUUCCCAAUCUAAAAAAGACGUUCGUUCAAAUUCUGUUAGAGUUUCAACUACACCUGCACCUACAGUCAUAUCAUUACCAUUAACACCUCCAUCACAACCAGCUAUAGUUUUACCAUUAACACCUCCUUCGUGUUCAAAUCCAUUUUUACCAUUAACACCACCUUCACAACCAAUAAUUGUCUUACCAUUAACACCUCCUUUAAAUUCAACUAUCACAUUACCAUUAACGCCACCAUCACAUUCAACCACAUCUUUACCUUUAACGCCACCCUUAAAUUCAAUUCCACCUCCUUGAAAUUAUAUUCAAUUUUAAUAAACAUACUAAAAAUUUAAAAGAAUUAUUAGUAAUUAUUAUAAGUAAUUUCAUAAUAUAAAUAUAUAGUUUUAUUUUUAUUUAUCUGAAUAAUAAUAAUAUAAUAAUUAUUUUGAAUGUAUAAACGUUUUUACUAUUAUUACUUACAAUUAUUAACUUACAAUACUUUAUAAUUUAACAAAAAUAAUAUUAGUAUUAUUUUCUAUUGUUGUUUAUAUUUAAUAUGUUGCUUGUGUAACACUAGAAAACACAAAAUAAAAGUUGUUAACAACAUUAAAAUAUA